AUGGCCGUCUUAUCCAAGCCCUACCUGCGGCAGCAGCUGUCCAGCGCAAACGUCAAAUCAAUCAUCAACGACCUGACAUCGCUCUACCUGUCCAACCGAACCCGCAUUUCCCGCGCCGUCUACCUCACCCUCUUCGUCGCGCUCAUAAACCGCGUGCGCAACGCCAUCGCCGAGCAAAAAGCCGCUGCAUCACGACGCUCUGCAAAGGCCACGUCGCCGGGCGAGAAAGAUGCAAGCAAGCGCAAGAAAGUCGAGAUCAACCGCGAGUUCUUCAAGAGCUUGAUUCGGCUGCUGAGGAUAUGCAUUCCGGGGUGGAAGAGCAAGGAGCUCAGGUUAAUUAUUAGUCAUAGUGUGUUUUUGAUACUCAGGACGAUGAUCAGCUUGUAUGUGGCGGAGUUGGAUGGGAGGUUGUAUCGAACACGAUUGACGAACUACAUCCACAACAAAUACCUCAGUCAGAUGACAUUCUACACUCUAUCUGCGCUCGACGAUCGCAUAAAGAACGCGGACCAGCUCAUUACUGUCGAUAUUGCCAAGUUCUCGAACUCACUCGCGGAAUUGUACUCGAAUCUCGCAAAACCUAUACUCGAUAUCAUCAUAUACAACUACAGCCUCUCAAGGAGUGUUGGCGGCGAAGGUCUCUUCUUCAUGUCACUGCUCGUUCAGAUAUCAGCAAACGUCAUGCGUGCUCUUACACCUCCGUUCGGAAAAUACGUUGCGGAUGAAGCUAGACUGGAGGGCGAGUUCAGAUUCCAGCAUUCAAGGCUGAUCGACUACAGCGAAGAAGUGGCACUGUAUGGUGGACACGAGGCGGAGAAAGACACACUGGACAAGGGAUACUUCACCCUCAUCAAACACGUCAACCGCAUAUUACGGAGAAGAUUCUACCACGGUAUCAUGGAGGACUUUGUGAUUAAAUACUUCUGGGGUGCAUUAGGACUGCUCCUUUGCAGUGUACCCGUGUUCUUCAAAGUGCCCGGUGCAGGCCAAGGAAGCAUGGGAGAUCGAACUGAAAACUUCAUCACCAACCGUCGCAUGCUACUCAUGUCCUCGGACGCCUUCGGUCGCAUCAUGUUCUCCUACAAAGAAAUCACCGAGCUUGCCGGCUACACUUCGCGCGUCUCCACCCUCCUCGACGUCAUCGCCGACAUCCAAGCCGGACACUUUGAAAAAGCACUCGUAUCCUCCGCAUCGACCGACGAAAACGCUGCCGUGCUCGCCGGCCGCGGGACCGUGACUGAGGGCGAAGAUAUCGAGUUCACCGACGUCCCCAUCGUAUCUCCCAACGGCGACGUGCUGGUUCGCAAACUCUCCUUCGCCGUCCGCCCCGGCGACCACUUACUCAUCGUCGGGCCUAACGGGUGCGGGAAAUCAUCGUUAUUCCGUAUCCUCGGCGGUCUGUGGCCGGUGUAUGGCGGACAUGUGCGAAAACCGCCGUUCGAAGACAUAUUUUACAUUCCCCAGCGCCCAUACUUGUCCCGGGGUAGUCUGCGCCAGCAAAUCAUCUACCCGGAUAGCUUGUACGAGAUGCGCGAUAAGAACGUUUCAGACGCGGAUUUACUAUCCAUCCUCGCGACGCUGGAGAUUGAGGGUAUCGUCGACCGCCCGGGCGGCUGGGAUGCGGAGCAGGAGUGGACGGAUGUGCUCUCUGGCGGUCUGCAGCAACGAGUUGCCAUGGCGAGGCUUUUCUACCAUCGCCCGCGGUAUGCCAUCUUAGAUGAAUGCACGUCUAGCGUUACGCUUGAGGUCGAGAGGAUCAUGUACGAGGAGGCGAAGCGUUUGGGCAUUACGCUCAUGACGGUGUCGCAUAGGCGCAGUUUGUGGAAGUACCAUACGAGGAUAUUGCAGUUCGAUGGCCAGGGAGGACAUUAUUUCGGUCGACUCGAUGCGGAAAGGCGGGCGGUGUUGGAAGAUGAGAAGGAAGACAUCGAGCUGCAGCUUCGUGCGGUGCCGGAUAUUGAGGAGAGGAUCAGGGAGUUGACGAGUGGUUGA